GUGAUACUCUUCUUCUUCUUCUUCUUCUUCUUCUUCUUUUUCUUCUUCUUCACAAUCACAUUCACAACGCAGUUUCAUCGUUCUUCUCUGCAACGGGCACUGUUAGGUUAGUUCCUUGAGUAAAUGCAUGCUGGAAUGGCUGCUGCAUCUGAGAUAACUAAGGAGGAAACACAAGUUUCUUCCAAUGACAACAUCCAUCCUAGGCUGGAUGUCUAUGUGUGGGACAUGGAUGAGACCCUUAUACUGCUUAACUCCUUGCUGAAAUCGUCAUAUGCGGAGGCUUUCAACGGUCUGAAGGAUGUGCAGAAAGGUGUUGAGCUCGGGAAGAUGUGGGAGAAUCUCAUUCUGAAAUUGUGCGAUGAUCAUUUCUUCUACGAACAAGUAAAAUUUGAUUUUUUUUUGUUCAAAUAUUUUCGAUGGUUUGUUUUUAGUUGUGGAGAGUUAGUUUGGGGUGGGGUUUCUGUGCUGCAGAUUGAAAAUUACAAUAAGCCAUUUCUUGAUGUUCUGUCCAAAUAUGAUGAUGGGAGGGACCUAUCUGAUUAUGACUUCAACCAAGAUGAAUUGGGCUCCCCACAUGACGAUGCCAACAAAAGAAAAAUUGCAUACAGGCAUCGAAUUAUAUCCCAAAAAUACUUGCAGGGUUUACAUAAUAUUUUAGAUCACGAGACAAUAAAAGUAUGGGAUGAUUUGUAUGAUAAAACUGAUGAAUAUACUGACAAAUGGCUUUCAUCAGCACGGACCUUUUUGAAGGAGUGUUCUGGUGAAAAUAAAGAUGCAGUUUCUUCCAUUGCUUAUGCUAACACAAGCACUGACUCAACUAAUUCAAAGCAUCAACAUGUAAAUGUCUUAGUGACAUCCGGAUCGUUGAUACCAUCUCUUGUAAAAUGCUUGCUCUUUCAUCUGGACAGCUUAAUAACACAUGAAAAUGUGUAUAGCUCUUGGGAUGUGGGGAAAGUUCAAUGUUUCCGAUGGAUCAAGGAGCGUUUCAACCAUCCCAACGUUCGCUUUUGUGUAAUUGGAGAUGGAUGGGAAGAGUGUGAAGCUGCCGAAAUCAUGAGAUGGCCAUUUGUUAAGAUUGACCCUCGGCCAGGAAAACCUCAUAGGUUCCCUGGUCUCACAUCCAAAACAGUUGGCCACUAUUUUUCUGUGGUGUACCCAGACAACGAGAAUGAUGAAGAAUGAUGACUCUUCAUGUUAUCUAAACCUCAUAGGUUCCCCGGCAGCAUGAUCAAUAUUGUGUUGCCAAGUGUAAAAAUUGAUGACAUGUGAUGGCUGUUAAAACUUUAGGUGUUAACUGCUCUUGUUGAGAUCAGUUUAAACUAUUUUUCUAUGACAUGAAUGGGUGAUCACAGAUUAAGAUGUAGAUGUUGACGUUGAAUGAAUGUAGAUCAUUUACCUCUUCUCAUGUA